GGUUAAUUCGAGCGUCUGUGAUGGUAGUGUGUUCGCAGAUGGCUUACCGGACAAGUUUUCAAUGAAUACUCUGGGUAUUUACAACCAAAUGCCCAAAUUUACGGCAGUCAUGGAUAUAAUUCGUCUGUUAUGGAUAAUACGGAUUGUGUGGGCUGUUGAAGAUGUGUUGAUGGACUCCACGACGGCGACAGCAGAGCUGGGCUGGACGAUAUAUCCAUCGCUGGGGUGGGAGGAAGUAAGCGGCUAUGACGAAAACAUGAACACCAUCCGGACCUACCAGGUGUGCAACGUCUUUGACGCAAGCCAGAACAACUGGGUUCGCACCAAAUACAUCCGGCGGCGAGGAGCCCAGCGGAUACACGUGGAGAUGAAGUUCUCAGUGAGAGACUGCAGCAGCAUCCCUAAUGUCCCUGGUUCCUGCAAGGAGACAUUUAAUCUUUACUACUUUGAAUCUGACUCUGACGUAGCCACCAAGGUGUAUCCUUCCUGGAUGGAGAACCCUUGGAUCAAGGUGGACACCAUUGCGGCCGAUGAGAGUUUCUCCCAGGUUGAUCUGGGUGGCCGUGUAAUGAAGAUCAACACGGAAGUACGCAGCUUCGGGCCCGUGUCCCGUAAUGGCUUCUACUUGGCCUUUCAGGAUUAUGGCGGUUGCAUGUCACUCAUUGCUGUGAAGGUUUUUUAUCGUAAGUGCCCCCGAAUUAUUCGCAAUGGGGCCGUCUUUCAGGAGACGUUGUCAGGGGCAGAGAGCACCUCUCUGGUGUCGGCCAGGGGAACUUGUAUACCUAAUGGAGAGGAAGUAGAUGUUCCUAUUAAACUGUAUUGUAAUGGAGAUGGGGAGUGGUUGGUACCCAUCGGACGCUGUGUGUGCAAGGCAGGGCACGAAUCUGUGGAUAAUGGGACCGUGUGUAAAGCAUGUCCUUCUGGAUUCUUCAAAGCAUCUCAAGGGGACCAGCUAUGUCUCCAGUGUCCAUUCAACAGCCGCACUAUCAACGAGGGGGCCAUCAACUGCGUCUGCCGCAACGGAUACUACCGAACGGAUUCUGACCCUCUUGAGAUGCCCUGCACCACCGUGCCCUCUGCACCCCAGAAUGUGAUCUCCAGUGUGAACGAGACCUCUCUGCGUCUGGAGUGGGAAUCUCCUAAGGAGAGCGGUGGACGGGAAGACGUGGUCUACAACAUCAUCUGCAAGAGCUGCGGCUCCGGUCGAGGGGCCUGCACCCGCUGCGGCGACAACGUGCAGUUCGUGCCCCGCCAGCUGGGCUUGACUGAGCCCCGGGUCCAUAUCACCGACCUGCUGGCCCACACUCAGUACACUUUUGAGAUCCAGAGUGUGAAUGGAGUUUCUGAUCAGAGCCCCUUCUCACCUCAGUUUGCCUCCGUAAACAUCACCACAAACCAGGCUGCUCCAUCUGUUGUGUCCAUCACGCAUCAGGUCAGUCGGACUGUGGAUAGUAUCACAUUGUCCUGGUCCCAACCAGCCCAGCCCAAUGGAGUCAUUUUGGAUUACGAGCUGCAAUAUUAUGAGAAGAAUACGGCCGAGUCAAACGCCUCACUUCUGCGAAGUCAGACUAACACAGCUGUUAUCCGCGGCCUGAAGCAAGGAACCAUCUACGUGUUUCAGGUGCGGGCCCGCACAGUGGCAGGCUUUGGGCGCUUCAGUGGAAAGAUGUAUUUCCAAACAAUGACUGAAGAGGAAUAUAACUCCAGCCUGCAGGAAAAACUGCCCCUUAUUAUUGGCUCGGCUGCUGCUGGCGUUGUUUUUCUCAUCGCUGUGGUUGUGCUCAUUAUCGUCUGUAAUCGCAGAGGCAGUGACAGGACAGAUUCAGAAUACACAGACAAACUUCAGCAUUACACCAGCGGCCACAUGGCUCCAGGAAUGAAGAUCUACAUCGAUCCUUUUACAUAUGAGGACCCCAAUGAGGCUGUGCGCGAGUUCGCCAAAGAAAUAGACGUGUCCUGUGUGAAGAUCGAACAAGUUAUUGGUGCAGGUGAGUUUGGAGAGGUAUGCAGUGGGAAUCUCAGACUUCCUGGGAAGAGGGAGUUUCUGGUGGCCAUUAAGACUCUGAAAUCAGGCUAUACUGAGAAACAGCGACGGGACUUUCUGAGUGAAGCCAGCAUCAUGGGACAGUUUGACCAUCCCAACAUCAUUCACCUGGAAGGAGUGGUGACCAAGAGCACCCCGGUUAUGAUCAUAACGGAAUUUAUGGAAAACGGAUCGCUGGACUCAUUCCUUCGACAAAAUGAUGGCCAGUUUACAGUAAUUCAGUUGGUUGGCAUGCUGCGCGGCAUCGCAGCUGGCAUGAAGUAUCUCUGCGACAUGAAUUAUGUACAUCGCGAUCUGGCUGCCCGCAACAUCCUGGUUAACAGCAAUCUAGUCUGCAAAGUAUCCGACUUCGGGCUCUCCCGCUUUGUGGAAGAUGACACAUCCGAUCCCACAUACACAAGCGCUCUGGGAGGGAAAAUUCCAAUACGAUGGACAGCUCCCGAAGCCAUCCAGUACAGGAAGUUCACCUCCUCCAGCGAUGUGUGGAGCUAUGGCAUUGUGAUGUGGGAGGUCAUGUCAUAUGGAGAGAGGCCGUACUGGGACAUGAGCAAUCAAGACGUCAUAAAUGCAAUCGAUCAGGAUUAUAGAUUACCUUCUCCUAUGGACUGUCCUAAUGCACUACAUCAGCUAAUGCUGGACUGCUGGCAGAAAGACAGAAACAACCGUCCCAAAUUCAGUCAGAUUGUCAACACUCUGGAUAAAAUGAUCCGUAAUCCUGGGAGCCUGAAGGCCACCACCCCACUCUCUUCAGGUAUACAUCUACCUCUGCUGGACCGCAGCACACCGGACUUCUCCAGCUUCAGCACAGUGGAUGAGUGGUUGGAUGCCAUUAAAAUGGGCCAGUACAAGGAGAACUUUGCCAACGAAAACCUCACCACCUUUGAAGAUGUAUCUCAAAUGACCAUGGAUGAUAUCCUGAGGGUGGGAGUGACAUUAGCCGGCCACCAGAAGAAGAUUCUUAACAGCAUUCAGAUGAUGCGGGCGCAAAUGAACCAGAUCCAGUCUGUGGAGGUUUGACUCUUCAGAGCGGAGGUUGGGACCAGUCUGUGCGUACGGGACCCUCGAACCGGUUCUCCUCAGAAAGACACUCCACGUGUCUAGCAGUAGUCUCUUUCUCUGGGGAGGAUCAAGAAUGGGUGUCCAAAAGGGAAAGAAACAUUCCCACAAAGCCUUCUUGCACAUCGUGUUCCCAGUAAACCACCAGCACGCUAUAAGCAAGCUUUCCAAGUCUUUCCAAAGGCCAGUUUUUCUAAACAUUUAACAAGUGUCAUUCUGGCUGCAUUUACAUGCAAGUCUAUAUUCCAGUAUUAUCUGUUAGUUCAGUUUCAUAUAAGGCGCACUGUUUCAUAUUCAACAUAUGACAUGUGAAGUCUUUUAGUUGUUUGCUGAAGGCCAAUCAUUUUCCCACAAAGUAUUCUAUGGAAAAUGCUUUUAAGUAUUUAUUAAUGUAUUAUUUACUAACCAUUUAAAUGGAUAGUUCUGUCACCAUUUGCUCAUGUACAUUUCUUUGUUCUGUUGAACACAAAAGAUAUUUUGAAGAAUGUAGAAAAGGCACUAUUGCCUAGUUUUUUCCUACUAAGGUAGUCAAUAGUGCCCCAGAACUGUUUGGUUACAAACAUUCUUCCAAAUAUCGUUCUCUGUGUUCAAAAUGUAUAUAGAUUUGAAACAACUUCUGGGUGAGUAAAUGAUGACAGAAUUUUUAUUUUUGGGUGAACUGUUCCUUCAAUAAGAAAAUUUCAAUUUAUGGAGGCCACAAACUCUAUUUUAUUGAUUACCUCAAAGUCACCUGACGAGAAAAGUGCACCUAUUAUACUAUAAAUAGCAUAGUGGAACAAAAUAGAAGAUAUUUUGAGAUGUUCAGUGAUUUUGUGUCCAAACAGUGGAAGUCAAUGGGAGCCAAUGUUGUUUGGUUAUCAACAUUCAUCAAAAUAUCUUAUUUUGUGUUCUGCAGAGGAAAGAAAGUCAUACAUGUUUGAAAUGACAUGAGAGUGAGUAAAUGUUAAAAUAAUUUACAUUUUUGGCUGAACUGUUCCUUUAAAAGUUUAGUUCCUAAAUCUUUAUUGGAUAUUACAGUAAUAAACGCAUGCAGAACAGGGAUGGAUGAGGCAUGUAAAUGUAGCCACUUUCAUGCAUUAUUUCAUGCUAUUUCUUUGUCGUUUGUUUUUCUCAUUUAUUUUUACUAUGAUUUGUAGGAGAAUCUGGCCUUUAAAUUAACCAGGUGAAGUUACAUAUAUUUAGGGCAUAUGUUCCUUUUUUUACAUAGUUGGAAUCUAAACCACAUUUGUAACUUAAAUGCGAUUUGUUAACGAUAAAUGCGAUUUGAGCGAUAAAAAUGUCCCUGUGUGCAUUUGAAAUGAACUGUGGACUAACAGCACAGAUGAAAGGAAAAUCAAUUAUGCAUGUGUGAAACUCAUGUAUGCUGAGAAAUGAUCCAUAUAACGGAUCUUGAGCUGGCAGUACAAGCCAGUAUGAAGACUAUUACAGAAAUUCAGUUAUUAUUAGACCAAUACUGGUUCAGUAUGUGUUUUGUAUAAAAUAUCGUCAUAUUUCUUAUUUUCGUCAUGAGGUUUAUUUAUUUGUACUUUUUAACAUCAUUUCAUUGCAGUUUGUUAUGUAAUCACGUAGUGCAGUGUUGUACUGCAGUUCAUGUGUUCUUGUCAUGCACGUAUAUCAGAGGUCAUAUUCUGAUCUUCCAGAGCCUGCCGACAGAACUUCACAAUGGCGCAGACCGGAUUUCACUUUGAUGUUUAGUAACGUUACGUUUUAUCCCACUGUGCAUCUUAGUUAGAAGAUGAAUAUUGCUUUUCAAUUUUCAACAUAUCUUUUUUUGUCGUCCCUCACUGUUUUUCUUUUAUGUUUUGAUUGUUUCUUGUAUUUAUAUAUAUCUGUAUGUAUUCAUACAUACAUAUAGAUAUAACAAUAAUUAUGUAUAUAUAUAAAUACUUGCUUCACACGCAAAAAGGCAGCUUAUGAAACUAAAGAAUGAGUUGAAACGAACCACAUUUAGCAGGCUUAAAACACAUGAAGGAACAUUUUAAGAUGUGUUUUAGAAUAGGUUUAAUACCAAUAUGUUCCCGUAUCAAUAUAGUUUUUCCAGUUUUAUCUGAAUUCCAGUGGCGUGGUAAAGGUUAUUUUGACAGUAUGUACUCAAGUGUAACCAUUUGAGCAGACCUCACUGAUUACACUGCUGGGAUUUUUGUACAAAUUAACACAUUUUUAACACAUUCAGCAUUGUUGUCAAGUACUUUACAUAACACACGUUUGCUUGCUUGUUGUUUUCUGUAUAUACAGUAAAUUGCAACACAUGUGUACCCCAAAUCCUGUCACGUUGACACUUUAACACUGUGACAUCAUCUCUCUCAAAGUGAAUGUGCUUCCCUUUAGGUUGUUGACUGGUCUUCCACAUCGAAACUCUUGUCCACAUGUUCUUAUGUUUAAUUCAUGUCUAGGUGUUUUGUUUAAAUCUCUCUCUCUCAACACUAACAUUUGAAUGACUUUUGAUUUAUUCCUCUCUGAUCACAUUGCUUUUACCUGUCUGGUUUUACUCCGUGUGAAACACUCGACUGUGUUUUGACUUUGUAAAACUUUGCUCAAACUAACAACUUUCAUUAUGUGCCACUGACCACUGUAUUGAAGUAAAGAUCCGUCUCUGCAUUCCGUGUUUUAAUUUGACCUAAAUUGUGCAUCUUUUAAAAGAGCUGGGCAGCUAUUUAUAUGUAAAUCAUAAAGCAAAGAAUCAUUUCUUAUUCUUGUUUUGAUUGAAUUUACAGCAUUGUAAUCAAAUAGCCCUGCAUCAUACCAGGCAUCACUAAAAGGGAAUUAACACAAAAAUAACCAAAAGCUGUUUUAUUUUCAUUAUGUGGCUUGUGGUGUUUUAAAUAUGUGUCAUAACCGCGGUACACAGAGAUUGGUAAUGAAAAGGUUGUAUGAAAAAAUGUAAAUAUGUUAAUAUAUAUAUAAAAAAACUCAUGUAUAUCCUAUUUCUUUGUUUUGUUAUUAUACAGUAUAUACUGUAUUUUUAAUUGUACUCUGUCAGAUCAUUCUUUCUCUUCCAGCCCUAUAGUCGAAGAGAUUUUUUUCUGCUAUCAAUAUCUGACUGUGGAAUGGGCCAUGCACACGCAUACAAUGUUGUGCACACACUUUUAUCUGUGUAAACCCGUCAUACGCACACACGCUUGUCACACUGUCCGCCAUGACCACUGUGAGUCAAGCAGGAGUCUCUGGAUUUUGUAUAAAUGUACCUUUACUGUAACCCUGUGAAUGAUGUUACAGUUGAAUAAUUUGUAGUAAUGCAAUUGGUUUAUUUUCUAUGAAAGAACAUUUAUGACCCGAGAUGUUUUUCUUCAAUAAAAUACGAAGCAAGGGGCAG